AAACCAUUGUUGGGUGGGAUUCCCCCUUUCUCUCAUCUGUCUUGUCUCAUUGAGUCAAGUGGAUACAUUGUUGGUCCCUUUUCUCAGCUCCUGACCAAAUGUUUCAGUCUCGGCCAUGCAUCUGAAGCUUGCUUCAGGAUCAACAAGGGAGUCAUGAAUGCUUGAGUGUUGAGACACUGAGAGAUACUUUGGCAUACUUGUAGUGCCUCGGGUAUCUCCCUCAUCGCCCCUAACCGACCAAUCUCCGACCCGAGGGAGGGUCAAAGCCCAACGAACACCAUGGAACCGCUACAGGUCGUCCUCAGCCUCCGGCCAAACUCUUCGUGGCCCUACAGCACCGAGGAGCCUCCUCUUCUGUCUCCAAGCGCCUACACUGCUCUGGCCGUGCUCAUGGGGUUGGUCUCGGCGGCGGGGAUCCUUCUCAACCUACUGGUGGUGGUGGUGACGGUGAAACACCGGCAGCAGCGGCAGCCCCUGAGCUACGCCCUGGUGAACCUGGCCGUGUGCGACCUGGGCUGCGCUGCGUUCGGAGGCGUGCCCACCACCGUGGCCAACGCCAUGGGCUACUUCAGCAUGGGCCGGCUGGGCUGCGUGCUGGAGGGCUUCGCUGUGGCCUUCUUCGGUAUAGCGAGUCUGUGCACAGUGGCUGUGAUCGCAGUGGAACGCUACAUGGUGGUCUGUCGACCCAUGGGGGCUGUCAAGUUUCAGACCAGGCAUGCGGUGGGGGGAGUGGUGCUCUCUUGGCUGUGGUCCUUCCUGUGGAACACGCCGCCGCUGUUCGGCUGGGGCAGCUUCCAGCUGGAGGGCGUCAAGACCUCCUGCGCCCCUGACUGGUUCAGCCGGAAUUCGGGGAACAUGUCCUACAUCGCUAUCUACUUCCUGCUGUGCUUUGCCCUGCCCUUCUCUGUCAUCCUGCUGUCCUACUGCCAGCUCCUGCGGACCCUGAGACAGGUCUCCAGGCUCCAGGUCUCCCUGGGGGGUAGUACCAACCGUGUGGAGCUGCAGGUGGCACGCAUGGUGGCCCUCAUGGUGUUAGCCUUCCUGGUAGCGUGGCUGCCCUACGCCGCCCUGGCACUCACCGUCAUGCUGGAUCCCAGUCUGUACAUCAGCCCUCAGAUCGCCACUGUACCCGUGUUCCUGGCCAAGAGCAGCACCAUGUUUAACCCCAUCAUCUACAUCUUUAUGAACCGACAGUUCAGGGACUGCACUGUCCUGACUCUCCUGUGUGGAUGGAAUCCCUGGGCCUCAGCACAGGACAGUAUAGCGGGAGACAAGACCGUUUAUACUCAAAGCAAUACGCGUAAACAUUCAAACAAAGAUCUGGAGGGAGAAGGACUUUGUUAGUGUCGUGUUCAAAGCCUUGUUUAUAUGUGUGCCAGCAAAAUCAUGAUGAUGUAAUGAUUGAAUGGUUGUUUGUGGAGAUGACUUUAGAGUUUUCAUGUUUUUGUAUCACUAAAAUGCGUGAUUCAUUUGUGGUUGUGUUAUGAUGUUGUUAGUGUUAUAGUGUGGUCUAUGUUCCAGGACACACUUAUGUAGCCCUUUAAUAGUGACCUAAAUCUAAAUUGAUUUGGGUUUUAAGCUUCAGAU